UUCAUUCAGUUGUUGGACUUCCUUAGAUGAGGAAGAGGAUUAUUGACUGCUCUUGAAUCCAGUCUCAUCCUAUUUACCUGAAAAUCAUGGCGGACCAGACGGCUGAUACAAACGUUACCUCUGAUCAAACUGAAAAUGGCCAAGGACCACUUAUGAAAGAAGACCCAGAUACUGGUGAAGAUACGCAGAAUAAUGAGGAGGUGGUGACGCAACAACCGAAGAAGAACGACGGCGACGAUGACGACAUGGAAUCUUCGUUUGAAUUAGAGAAAGGUCCGAGCGCGGAGAUCAAGAUCGAUCCCGAUAAGCUCUUCAGCGAAGAGGGCUGCGUGUCGGCAACGGCUGGAGUCGGCAGCGUUUCCAAGGAGUACAUGGACGGGAAGGUCAUGGCCGAGUACGUGGGCCCCAACGUGAGCUGCGUCAUGAAUUGCGCGCAACUCCCGACUAUCGUCACGGACUGCACGUUCGAGCUCUGCAGCGCCAACUACAUGAUUGGGGUCAUCCUCUGCACGGUUGGUCUCGCUUUCAACACAAAGUUGACAUGGACUGUCACCAGCGUGGAAGCAGAGAUAUUCGGCACUGGCGUCGACACUUCGGAAGGGUUGGCCCUCUCCGCGUUGGGCAUGAAGAUUGGUUACGCCGAUAAGGAGAAGAGGGAGAAGAAGUGGGCUAAGAAAAAGCAGAGGUGGGAGAAAAAGGUGGGACCGGGGCCAGAUAAAGAAGAGAGUGGAGAAGUGAAUGCCGGAGCAGAUUAGCCUACAAUCUCGCAUGCCUUAUUAUUGAAUUGGAAAUCGUUAGAUAUGUCUUACAAACAUUUAAUGUGAGUUAAAGCCCCACUUAUAGCUACUUGCUCCCUCUAUAUAGAAAACUUCCCAAAUCGGUGCA